AUGAGCUUUUUGGAAAAGAAACGAUCAUUAACGAGCGAAAUCGCCGAUGAAACUACAAAGAAAAACGGUUUUGAGGAACGGAGACUGCAAAAAAGACUUCAAGACAUCGAGCGAAGCGCUUUGAAACAACAAAAGAAACGUAGCAACGAACAACUCGAAUACGCUCUUGAAAACCUUUCCCUUGAAGAUGUCAACGCAUUCAACAGCCUCACAAGGAAGAUUCUUAAAUCCAGUUUUCUUCCUCCGAUUAACCAAAAGCCAGCAGGUGGCUCAGGUGAAGGAAAACGUGGAAACAGGAAUGAGAUCUUAGCAGAAAGGCUCAGAGGCUCGAGAAUGAUCCAUAGCUAUCUUGAUAAGCAGAAACAAAGAUGGUUGACGAGAAGUUUGUCGGUUGACUCAGGACUCAUUCCUCUUUCUGGAAAUCGAACUGUGGAAGAAACGGAGUUGAAACCUGGCCCUUACUCAGCUUUUGUGAAAAGACAGCUUGCUGGCUCGCUCUCUGACGUAUCCUGCCCAACAGUGUUUGUUGGCGCAGUCACCAAUUUCAGUCACGUAGCUCAAGAAGGGCGCAAAUUUGAGGAUAUAAAAAGCAUUCAAAACACCCGAAGAGUUGAUUUUGCUGACGAUAUCAAAGAGCAAUUGGAAAGAUCCCGGUCAAAGCCGACACUACGGAAAAGGCAAUCCAACCAUCACCUUUCAUGUCAACCAAAAAUUCAACACAGCUGCCUGAGUGAUGCCAUUGUAUACAAACUUGAAAUGCGAAAAAGGGAGCGACUGAAACUAUAUCAACAAAGUGGCGAUUCUUGUACCUGAUACUAAUUACAAUGCCUGAGACAGUAGGACACGAACUGAUUUAAAACAUUUUUAUAGAUUACUUAAAAGUAUAUUUGCCAUCGUAUUUAUUUCAGCGUGUUUACAAAUCUAGUUUCUAAGUUAUGUAUUUAGCUGCUGAUCUUUUUCAAUCAGUUUUAAAUUAAUAAAGAGUACAUGUACGCAUAUCAACACAUCUCUCUCGAGUUUUUUUUUUUUGAAACGCUUAAAGAGUAAAUAAACCGUUGAUGUUUCAUUCUGUAGAUUUCUCACCGAACACUAAUAGUAUCAGAGCUUUAAGGAGGCAUGUUUUUAAUCCCAUGUAAGAUAUAGUAGUGAUUCACUGCUUUUCUGACCGAUGAAAAUGCUCAUUUUUGUGGUCAUGAAAGAAUUCAAAAACUUUUAUUUAACAGAGCUAUGUUACUUCCUGGUUGAAAUCGUCUUAGAAGGGCAAACAAACACUUAUCAAGAAACUCUCUAGCAAUUCUUAGUGAUACUUCAGGUGAAAGUGUUUUCAUAAUCGACCAUAGAGGUCGGUGGAAAUUGCCCUAUCGAUAUUUCAAAGCGAGAACUAUAUAUUCUGAAACCGUACCACAGAUGCUGGCGAUAUGGGAAAGUAAAGACAAAAUUGAUCACUUAAUAAUGAGUUUGAUUGAUCGAAAGUGCAAUUGAGAGGUAUGUUGUUCCUUCCGAUGCGUCACGUCCUGAUCAUUGUAUGGUGAGCCUGUUGAAUGGUGUUUUAUAGAUAUGAUGAUAGCUUCCCACCGGUAAUGGCGAGCAAUUACAUCAAGCGUGGAACUUGCUGGGAAAGCCAUCCUUGAGUUUGCGGUUUUCUAGUUGAAGUUUGGCGGGAAUAAAUCCGAAAACGUUCGGACAUUGAUUUCUUUUUCAUUAGCAAUGUUUAACUGGCGACACACUGAUAUACAUGUCGGAAGAUUUGACUUUUUGUCAUUAGUUAUAGAAACUAUUUACAGAUUUUAUUUUACAGUAAAGCUAUGUUAUUGGCUGAGUGUGUCAGUUUUAUUUUAUUCUCUCUGAAUUAAAGGCUGUUUAAUUCAAAGCGCUUUCUUUGAUGUAAAAAGAAAUUACAUCGGCAAUGGGCCAGCAAAUUCAUCAAGAAUUCAAUAAAUUAAGGCGCAAAAAGCGCUUGCAACAACUAAUUAAAAUUUACGUUAACUGAAAAAGAAAAUUUUUGUGAGACUAAUCUUGGAGUGUUUCGGAAUGUGUUUGAUAAAAUAUGAAUGACCGCCUUCUUUAUCGAAUCAGUAUUCACCAAAAAGCAUAGUUUUUUUUUAAUCUAAGACAAAAUCAAUUGCAAGCCUCAGGGCGAUGGUUUUCCGCGAGGGAAGGUUGUAGGUUAUGCAAAAUUAUAAAAGGAAAAUAAAAAUUAUAUAGCAACUCUAUCGUAAUUAACGGCCCUUGAAGAGUUUAAGAUUUUAAAUAUUCAUAAUCGCCUAAGGAAAGCUGAUUUUCUGUCAAAUCGAGGCACUCAAUUGAUGCCAAAGUGACAUUCGAGGAUCAACUAGUAAGGUACUACCUUAAUAGGCCGGGUGCACCCACGCUGCAAGCUUUAAGUCGGUACCUUUGAACAGCAGCUUAAAAGUUGUUUCAGCGCGAUUCCAAUUCUUUCCAAUUUGGACGUGUGCUUCCAACGUUAAAGUAAGUAUGCUCAGAAUACUGGCAUUAUCAUUCUUCAGAUUAAUAACUACAGAGGCCGAACUGACAUAUGGGAUAAAGCCAAAGCUGUAUUAUGCUGCAAAAUUGACACAAAAAUCUGAGACGCGAACUUCAAUCGAAAAAUUUUGUGCCCCAAAUUGAACUUAAAUAUGAAUAAGGUAAUUAAAUUGAUUUGUAUGAGGUUUCUCAACAAUUCCUUUAAUCGACACAAAAGAAUGUAGAGGAUAACAUGUUUGCAGUACUUGAAAGUUAAUCCCUUCAAAUAUCUUCGGGAUUACGAAAUUCAUGCUAAGAAGAUCUUUUAGGGUAAAAAAAGUUGUCACAAAUUAAGACAACAGCUUAUGUUUUCCACCCCUCAUGAAACAAAUUAUGAUUUGAAGAUCCCUCCAUAUUAUCCUAACAAUGAAAUCAUAAAUUACACAAAUGGAAAUAUACUCUUGCAGCAAUCGUUUUUUGAGGUAUAAAAGUAGAUAAUAUAAGAUCAGUUCCAUCAAAUUUAGCAGAAGAUUAAGUUUAAGAAAAUAAGAUUCCAAAACUUUUGACGUUUUAGUGUCAAGCUGGCGUCAGAUUGCUGAGGUUAAUCCUUUGAAGUGCAAAACGUUCUUCGGGAAAAAAUUCCUUGUAAUUAAAAUCGUCUUUGUCUUCAUCAGUUCAAUUUCAAGGACGAUGAGCGCAAAGGAUUCAUUGCCCAGGAAACAAAGUAGCAAUAGUCGUAUAAACAAACAAAACGCGUAUCGAGUUCUUAGCCACGAACUUCAGUCACCCUCGACCGAUCUUCUGCGAUCGAGAUGCGACGAUACACAAAUAUUUUGUGCUCGAGAAGCCGGCGGAAGCCAUUUCAGGUCGCAGUCAGAAAUCGUAUAUUCCCUUCAAGAAAGAGAUGGCUCCCUAAUCAGGGACAAUCAAAGGUGUCAAGAAUUUUGCCCCAGUAAUGGUAGAAAUUUUCACGAAAGCAAAUUGCCGAAGAUAACCCAAGGAGAUGCAGCGACGAAUAAACAUUUAGUAGGUGAUUGGAAGGCAAUAGCGACAGAUAGCAUAAAAAGGUCCCGUGCAAAGAGCACGAGUGUUCUGCCAGACCUAUCAGGAAGUAUGGAGAAGGUGGUAAAAUUCAGACCUGCUACACCUUUGACAAAACAGCAAGUUGAGGACUUAAACGAUAAGGUUGCCGCAUCUCAUGACAAAUCGCAUGAUUUGGCCAAAUGGCUCAGAGACCAACAGUAA